CCAACUCGCUCCGAGGAAAAUCCAUCUUUACACUAGCCAAAGAAAGAAUAAGAAAAAAAUGACAGCAUUCAAAAUCAUCACCCUCCUAGUGAUCUUUUCUUUGGCUAAUAAGGUGGUAGUCGAAGCCAUUGCCCCCGAAUCAAAAGUUGACGAAGGAAGUCCAGCUUCUUCGCCUGAAUCGCCACCAAAACUCUCGCCUGAGGAGAAGAAAUACUUAACAGCAUGUGGAAUGAAAAUAACAGAGACGUGUGCCGAAAUUAUUGUAAACUUUAUAUUUUUCGAGAAGGACUGGAAAGUCUCAACGGAUUGUUGUCGCAAAUUACAGUUGGCAGGACCAAAUUGUCACAAUAGAUUAGUGGAGAAGCUUGCUUCGUUUCCUCAAUUUAGCAAAUAUGCGCAUCUUUAUGUUGCCAAAGGUAAGCUAGCUUGGGACAAAUGUGCUGAGGAAGCUGAAUUUGGUGUUGCGGGAAAUUAAAAUUCGGGGUACCAACAUGAAAAUCUAUUAUAAAUAAUUAAAUGAUGAGAACUUUU